AAAGGAUAAAUAAGAUAAGAGGGAGAGAGAUCAGAAAACCUAGCCUUACAAGAGAAGCUUCAAAGGGCGAGGAGAAAAGGCGAGGAGGCCAGUUGAAAGAAAAGGAACUGUUGUGUGAAGGAGAAGGACUCAAACAGUGAAAGAAUGCAAAAGAGAGAAGAUUUGGGUUCUCCGGCUUCUGAUCGUCUUCUCCGGCAUCCCCUUUUUUUGUGCUCGAAAGCCUUGGGCUUCCGAGUUUUGCUGCUUGAGCCGCCGGGUUCUUCAGCUGCUCAAGCCCGAUGGAGCCGGCCUGUUCCCUACUCCGAUGACCCCAUGAGGUCUCGCGGCUCCUUACUCCCUCACGCAAAUCUACCGAGCUACACGCUGGAAUUCCCAGAUUUGGCAGCCGUCGCCCAGAUCUGGUCUUCGCCUGUUCAUCUUGGUUCUUCCCGAAACCCAGACGGGUUCCGCGAGGAACCCAACCCGGUGUUGGGUGGCGGAACCUAACCCGGUGCUAGGUUUCUUGAGGAACCCAGUUCCUUGAGGAACUUAGUUUUGGGUUUCUGGGUUUCGUAAGGAACCCAGAUCUGGGUUUCGUGAAGAACCCAGUUCUGGGUUCUUGGGUUCCUCGAAGAACGUAGGUUCUAGGUUUCGCUCUGUUUUUCUUGCUCUGUUUCUUUGGCUUCUUGCUUUGUUUGGUUGCUCUGUUUCUUUGGUUUCGAAUCGAGCCUGAAAAGGGAAAUGACAGAGAAACGAAGACGAAGAACACUGCCACUGUUGGGGAACUCAACUAAAACUGGAAAAAGAAAACAAUUUGUUUUUC